AUGUCCCCUCUCGUCCUUGCUGACUUCUGGAUCUACCACUCAACCAUGACCUACUCCACCGGCGGCAAUGUGGACGGCUACUCGUUUUUCGACUCGCCCCCGGACUGCGACUUUGUCAACAACUACAUGCUCAUCUCGGUUUCCAAGGACGACGUCAGCGGCCACAAGUCGGGAGCCCGCUGCGACGGCUGCGACUAUCAACAGCCAACCUUGAUCGAGUGGAAUAACAAGAUGGGACACUUCACUGCCUACUCUGACCGAGACUGGGCUAUGGUCGACACCGACGGUAACGUGAAGGGCCACUGCCAGCUGGCGACCGAGAUGGGUUACACCUGCGACAUGAACAGAAAUGCCGGAAGGAGUUAA